ACCUAGAUGAAGAUCCAGUUUCAAACGUGAGAUUCACUGGGUGAUCAUUUCAUUGAAAUCAACUUGAAUGACCAGAUAAAAAGUGCAAGAGGAAUGUGCUGUGACUGAGUGCUACAAGAGCAUAUAACGAGAACCUGAUCUAGUCAUGGAAUCAGGGGAGAUUUCCCUGAAGAAGGAAAUUUGAGCUGACAUCAGAAGAUCAAGCAACUCAAAAUUUUUCACUGCCAGUCUCUACUUCUUUGGUUCUGCAAAGGAAAACUAUAUCUCCAGCAGCCCCUCAAGUCCAGCAGUCCAGUAAAUCAUCAAACAGACUCAUGACUGAAAAACAGCAGGAAGAAGCAGAAUGGGAGAGCAUAAAUGUGCUGUUGAUGACGCAUGGCUUAAAACCUUUAGUUCUAGUCAAAAGAACAGAUCUUAAAGAUCUCAUCGUUUUUGACAAACGGUCAUCACAAAGGAUGAGACAGAACUUGCAAACGUUGAUGGAAGAAACAGCGCGUCAACAGAAUGUGAUCCAGGAGCUCAUAGAAACUAAUCAGCAGCUUAAAAAAGAACUUCAACUAGAAAAAUGCCGAGCAGUAGAUCAGGAACAACGAGCUAAUGACUUGGAAGAAAUAAUGGAGGGUGUGAAAUCCAAAAUUGGUGAAUUGGAGGAUGAAUCCAUAAAUAGAGUUUGCCAGCAGCAGAAUAAAAUGAAAGAUCUUCAAAAGGAGCAUAAAGCUUUACAGGUACUGAAAAGAAUAAUAAAUGCUACAGUAUCACAUUUUGAAAUAAUUUAUUUCCUGUUUUCUAGGUUGCUUUGCCUAAUUGACUACUAUGAAUCCAAAAUUAGAAAACUUCAUAAACAAAGGCAAUAUAAAGAAGAUGAAAGUCAAUCGGAAGAAGACUACAGCAGCCUUGAUGCCUCACCAACUUAUAAAGGCCUUCUACUGUCAUUACAGAAUCAACUGAAGGAAUCAAAAUUUAAGAUUGAUGCACUUUUAAGUGAAAAGCUGAAUCUCCAAAAAGAUUUGGAAACCAGGCCCACACAGCAUGAAUUAAUACUUUAUAAACAACAGGUGAAGAAACUGGAGAAAGCCCUAAAGAAAAGCAUCAAAUUACAAGAUUGUCUCAGUCAAAAGACGGAGGACACAGAGAAAAAAGAUGACUCCCUCAAAGAUAACCAGCAGCAGGCCCUAAUCGACCAGAGAUGCUUUCAGGUACUGAGUAGCAUCAAUUCAAUUAUUCACAAUCCAAGAGCUCCAGUAAUACUUUAUAAACAGAGCAAAGGAGGAGUCCAACAUUUUAAUAAAGAUUUUGAUCAAGAUUGUGGAUUUGAGCAUCUUGUUCCUAUCUUAGAAAUGUGGGCAGAUCAACUGACUUCCCUAAAGGAUUUGUAUAAGUCCUUGAAAACACUAUCUGCAGAAUUGGUGCCUUGGCAUAAUUUAAAGAAGCAGGAUGAAAAGGAAGGUAUCAGAGUUGAAGAUCUGUUGUUUAUAGUAGAUACCAUGUUGGAAGAAGUUGAAAAUAAGGAAAAGGACAGGAACAUACCAAACUUUAAAACUUUGCAAGCUAUUGUUUCUCAUUUCCAAAAAUUAUUUGAUGUGCCUUCUUUAACUGGAGUCUAUCCCCGAAUGAAUGAAGUUUAUACUAGGCUUGGAGAACUGAACAGUGCUGUGAGAAACCUCCAAGAACUCUUAGAAUUAGAUAGUUCAUCCUCAUUGUGUGUGCUGGUAAGCACAGUUGGAAAAUUGUGUAGGCUGAUUAAUGAGGAUAUGAAUGAACAGGUUAUGCAGGUAUUGGGACCUGAGGACCUCCAAAGCAUUAUCAUCAAAUUGCAAGAACACGAGGAAUUUUUUCCAGCAUUUCAGGCAUUCACUAAUGAUCUACUUGAAAUCUUAGAAAUUGAUAACUUGGAUGCCAUUGUACCUGCAGUAAAGAAAUUAAAAGUACUUUCAUACUGAAAACAAAUCA